AGUCUGCGGCUGCUGGGGGGACCGUGUAACCGGCCAUGGCGGGGGUUGAGCUCUCCCCAGCGGUGUGACAGCCCCCGGGGGCAGCCAGCAGUGCAAGAUGAAGACGUUUUCCGAGUCUCACAAGACGGUCUUUGUGGUGGAUCACUGCCCCUACAUGGCAGAGUCCUGCAGGCAAAAUGUGGAUUUUGACAUGUUAACCAAAAACAGGACUCAAGGAAUCAUUCCCCUGGCCCCAAUCUCCAAAUCGCUAUGGACCUGUGCCGUGGAAGCAUCCAUGGAAUAUUGUAGAAUAAUGUAUGAUAUAUUUCCUUUCAAGAAGCUGGUGAAUUUCAUCGUUAGUGACUCCUGUUCCCGAAUAUUGAAUUCAUGGACUCACGAAGACCAGAAUUUGGCAGAGCUAAUGUCGGCCUUGGCCACGAUAGGACCUCCGAAUCCCCGCGCAGACCCAGAGUGUUGCAGCAUCUUGCAUGGACUGGUGGCUGCGGUAGAAGCCCUGUGUAAAAUAACAGAUUAUCAGCACGAGAUGAGGACUACGCUAAUGGAGAACGCAGAUUGUGUAGCCAACAGGGGGCGCAUAAUCUGCCUCACUAACGCCAAAAGUGACAGUCACGUCCAGAUGCUGGAAGAUUGUGUCAGUGAGACCAUACAUGAACACAACAAGCUGGCGGCCGGCUCAGACCACCUCAUGCAGAUUCAGAAGUGCGAGUUGGUCUUAAUUCAUACGUACCCGGUCGGUGAAGACAGCCUGGUGUCCGAUCGCUCUAAGAAAGAGCUGUCGUCCGUAUUGACGAGCGAAGUCCACAGCGUCCGCUCCGGCAGGCACCUCGCUACCAAACUGAACCAUUUGGUACAGCUUCAUUUUGACCUAGCAUCAACCACCAUUACCAACAUCCCUAUGAAGCCCACACUCAAUGUCUGUGAUCAGGAAGAACAACACGCGAACACCUCGGCCAACUAUGACGUGGAACUGCUCCACCACAAGGAGGCGCACGUCGACUUUAUAAAAAGUGGAGAUGGACACGUCGGUAACAGCAGGGAACCCACACUGAAAGAGACGGUUACACUGAAGUGGUGCACACCAAGGACAAACAGCGUGGAACUGCACUAUUGUAUAGGGGCGUUCCGGAUAUCUCCCGUAGACGUUAAUAGCCGCCCGUCAUCCUGUCUCACCAACUUCCUUCUAAAUGGUCGCUCGGUGCUGCUGGAGCAGCCUCGCAAGUCUGGAUCCAAGGUCAUCAGCCACAUGCUCAGCAGCCACGGCGGGGAGAUCUUCCUGCACGUGCUCAGCAGUUCCCGCUCCAUAUUGGAGGACCCCCCGUCAAUAAGCGAGGGCUGCGGAGGAAGGGUCACCGAUUACAGAAUUACGGACUUCGGGGAGUUCAUGAGAGAGAACCGGCUGAUGCCCUUCCUUGAGACUUGCUAUAAGAUGGACGGUGCCGAGGAUGUUCCCCUGGAGAGAGCGAAGUCCCAGCUGGAGAAGCACACCCGCUACUGGCCCAUGAUCAUCUCGCAGACCACCAUCUUCAACAUGCAGGCGGUGGUGCCUCUCGCCAGCGUCAUCGUGAAGGAGACUCUUACGGAGGACGAUGUGCUGAACUGUCAGAAGACCAUCUACAAUUUAGUAGAAAUGGAGAGAAAAAAUGACCCACUGCCCAUUUCCACAGCCGGCACCAGGGGCAAAGGGCCAAAGAGGGACGAGCAGUACCGGAUAAUGUGGAACGAGCUGGAGACUCUGGUCCGGGCCCACAUCAACAGUUCGGACAAGCACCAGCGGGUAAUGGAGUGUCUUAUGCAAUGCCGCAGCAAGCCUCCAGAGGAGGAGGAACGUAAGAAACGAGGCCGGAAGAGAGAGGACAAGGAGGACAAGUCGGACAAAGCAGCGAAGGAGCACGAGCAUGACAAGAAGUGGACGGAGUCUGAGCGGAUGAAAACGUCUGUAGAUCGGGAAAAGGAGGAUCUGGCCGAGGCUGAGGUUAUAAAGGACUCUCCAGAUUCUCCUGAGCCCCCCAACAAGAAACCUCACGUUGCAGUGGAGGAUGUGACGCCAGUAGAGAAGGCUAAAGGUCCCAUGUCUCUGCUGUCACUUUGGAGCACCAGAAUAAACACGGCUAAUUCCAGGAAACACCAAGAGUUUAUCGGGCGUCUGAACUCCAUCAAUAACAAGGCGGAAUUGUACCAGCACCUGAAGGAGGAGAACGGGUCUGACGCCGUAGAGAACGGCAAAACCGGCAGACAGUGAUUAAUCCGGAGCUCCGGCACGUCCACCCUCUGUACAGACUCUAUGAACUCCGUUUUUUUUUACUCUCUUGACCUCUUUAUAGCGUUUUCUAUGACCUGUAAAUAUAAAGAGGCUUCUGGAA